AUGUCUGACAAGGUUCUCCGAACGAUGCAGCACGAAGGCAAGGAGGUGCCAGUCCUCGACCUCAAGACAAUCGAUUUUGGUAAGCUCCUGUCCAACGAGCCAGCCGAGAUUCAGAAGCUUCUUCGAAGCUGCGAAGAAGAGGGUUUCUUCUACGUGGACCUCCGAGGCAUCGACGGCCGCCGCACGAUAGAUGACGAGCAGAGGCUGCUCGAACUCAUGCGCUGCUUUUUCGGCUCCUCCUUGGAAGAAAAGAACGAAAUCGGGCUUCCUGAACAGAAGCAUGGAUACGAGCCCAUCGGCUUGCAUGCUGGGCUCACCGAAAACAGCAGAGAUGGGUACGAGUGCCUCAAGGUUGCUCUGUCCGAGCUUGCAUCCUCUUCGCCCAACCUACCGAGCAUCCUCAACAACGAAGACGACAUCAAGAUUCUUCGCGACUUCUCGGCAGGCGGCGACAUCAUCACCAAAACCAUCCUCUCCUGCCUGUCCAACGCCAUGGGCCUGACCGGCACGGACCGGCUGGAGACGCUGCACCGCAGCUCGCGGCCGUCUAACAGCACGCUGGCCAUGUUCCGCUACAUCCCGGGCGACCUGGCGACGCAGGCGCGGCAGAACACGGUGGGCCACCAGCAGCACACGGACAUCGGCUCGCUGACGCUGCUCUUCAGCGAGCAGUACGGGCUGCAGCUGCAGCCGGCCCACACGCCCAACGCGGCGUUCGGCUUCGUCGAGCCGCGGCCGGGCCACGCCAUCAUCAACGUAGGCGAUUCGCUACGAUUCGCAUCCAAACACCGCCUGUAUUCGUGCAUCCACCAUGUGGUGCCGUUCCACGCGACGGCGGACCGCUACUCCAUCGCGUACUUCCUGCGGCCCGAGGUCGAUGCCCUCUACAAGGAUAGCGAGGGCCGCUGGGUGACGGCUGGUCAGUGGCAUGACGAGAAGUACGACGUGUUUCGGGCCUCGCAUGCGGAGCAGGCGUCUGUGGCGCCCAAGACGAUGCUCUUGGGCGGCAUGCCGGAGCACGUUUCGCGUGUCGCGGUGGCUUAG